AAUUUUGAAGUAUUAUAUCGCAUUAUCUUACAUUUAUAAUAAUUCUGUUUCCAUUAUUGGUCUAGGAAUAUCGAUAAAUUGAAAAUUCUGAAUUUGGGUCAGCGACUUAAAUGCUACCCUACGUAUUCACAUGCAAAGUGUGAUAGGUUGUUAGCUUUAAUUACUGAGGUCAUAGGAAGAAGCAACUUAAUUUAUUUUUUCUGCCUUUGUGGGAUUUAUACGCUUCACAGGUGAAUCAUCGGAUAUCGUAGUUCUCGACCGUGAUGUCGGUGGAAGAACGGUCGUCGUCUUUAGUGGUGGAUCCGUUGUUGAGGGAUCUGAGUGAGAAGAAACAGAAUUUCCGUCGAAACGUGGUGUCUCUUGCGGCGGAGCUUAAGGAGGUUCGCAACCGUCUCGCUUAUCAAGAACAGUCUUUUGUUCGUGAAACCCUAACCAGACAGGAAGCAGAGAGUAAAGCUAAUAAAAUGGAAGAAGAGAUAAACAAAUUGCAGAAGAAUUUGGAGGAGAAGAAUGGAGAGCUUCAAUUUUCAGCUUUAAACACUGAGAAGUAUGUCAAGCAGUUGGAUGACCUUAGAUCACAGCUUUGUGCUACUCAAGCAACUGCAGAUGCAAGUGCUACAUCAGCUCAAUCUGCACAGCUUCAGUGUAUGGCGCUUUUGAAAGAGUUGGAUGAGAAAAACAGUUCACUGAAGGAACAUGAAGUUCGUGUAAAUAAACUUGGUGAGCAAUUAGAUCUUUUGCAGAAGGAUCUUCAAGCAAGAGAAUCAUCCCAAAAGCAAUUGAAGGAUGAAGUAGUGAGAAUCGAGCAUGAUAUCAUGCAAGCAUUAGCAAAAUCUGGAGCAAACACAGAUUGUGAAUUGAGGAAGGUCUUAGAUGAGGUCUCGCCGAAGAAUAUUGAGAAGAUGAACAUGCUGUUGACUAACAAAGAUAACGAAAUUGCCAAACUCAGGGAUGAAAUCAGGAUCAUGUCUGCCCAGUGGAAGCUAAAAACCAAGGAGCUGGAAUCUCAGUUAGAAAAGCAUCGCAGGGCUGAUCAAGAGUUGAAAAAGAGGAUUAUGAAAUUGGAAUUCUGUCUCCAAGAGACUCGAACUCAAACUCGCAAGCUCCAAAGGAUGGGGGAACGACGUGACAAAGCUAUUAAGGAACUGAGAGACCAAUUAGCAACUAAGCAAGUCGAAACUUCCUGCAACAAUAAUCAGAACUUCUGGGAUACAUCAGGAUUCAAGGUUGUUGUUUCAAUGUCCAUGUUGAUGUUGGUCCUCUUUUCUAAGCGGUAAUAGUUAUUAGCGUAGUUGACAAUGUAAAAAGGAGAUGUGUAGCUAGUUACAACUUGAGGGAGAGAAUAGAGAUUAGGAAAAGCUGUAGAGCUGCUGUUUCAUAUUUAGGAAAGUUAAUCAUACUUUAUGGGGACGUAUCUUUUUGUACCUCAAGGCUUAUCACAACUGAAUCUAUCAUUUUGAGCCUCAAUUAUUAGAUACAUAUAUACAUGCGGUAAACUUAACGUUA